CCGGAGCAGAGACACCAGCAGGUGCUGAGGAUAAGAAAAAAAAACAGGAUAAAAUAGAAAUAAGGUGCAAGAAAAGUAGGUUAUCAGGGAAAAGUCUGUCAAAAGAGAAACAUAAAGAGCAGCUAAUAGACAGAAAAUAUAAUAAAAUCAAAUUAGUUUUUCCUAAGCUGGAGCCCACUUAUUAUCUUUCUCAGCCACCCUCACUAAGCCCUUUACUUGUACGGAUUCUCCUUCCACGGAUCAUUGCUUUCUCCUCUUCCUUCUCCUCGUCUUCGUCCUGUCCUCCUCCUUGACAGACAAAGCCACCAUGGAAACCGGGAGCCCCAGGAAGAUACAGUUCACUGUUCCCCUUCUGGACACCCACCUGGACCCAGAGGCAGCUGAACAGAUCAGAAGACGUAGACCCACACCUGCCACUUUAGUGGCAUCAAGUGAUCAAUCAUCCCCUGAAAUAGAUGAAGAUCGUCUCCCAAACCAGUUGUACAAGGCGGCAUUGUUGAAUUCCCCUCGACAACGGCGAAAAGGGCAAAAGGGAACACCUACAAUGAAAGAGCUGCAGUUCCUGGUAGAUCAUCACCUGUACAGGCAGCAGCAGGGAGCUGGGGAUGAGUGCUCCUCAGAGAGCUGCCUGUCGGACCGUCCCAGCCCCGACUCUGUUCCCACUGGGGAGGAGCUCCCACACGACGAUGAGGCCACUGCAGAGGCGUUUGAGAAAUUACGCUGCCAAAUGGAGGAGUUCUCCAGGGAGAGUCUGUUAGAAGCUGGAGGUGGACUCGAGUGCCCCCUCUCCAAGGAGAAAGAGGAUUGUUCCAGCAUUGCCAGUGUAGCAGAUCCCUCAUCACAACAAAACAACGCACAAGCAGACACAAAAGCAGCAGCAUCCAGUGCGAGUCAGCCAGCAGAGGAGAAAACAAAGAAAUGCAGCCUGGAGAAAGAGAAAUAAAUUGAUCCUCUGUACAACAACAACACUGCUCAGUCUACUCAGCCAGCCCAACCCAAUGACAGAAGAUUGUCUGCAGAUCCACUUUUUAGAUACAUCAGGGCGUACAGUCUUUUCCUGUCUCAUUCACACAAUCACUUAUCAUAAAUGGCCCCUUUAAUGUUCAAAGGCAACAAAGAUUCUCUCUGUUUUAGACAUGAACAGUUUUAUCAUUAAAAAAUGUGCCAUGACUUCUGCAAUUAUUGUUCCAUCUCAAAGCAAUAUAAAUGUAUUUGUACCUCAUAAACAACUGGGACCGAAACCAUCAGUUUAAUUCCAAUAUUAUCAUUCAGUCCCACUGAGUAAGAUGCUGAAUCUCAAAUUAGUGGACAGCACAUCUUGGUUGGCUGACAGUUAAAAUAAAAUAUAUAUUUUUACACUACUGGAUUGGCCAUCUACAAAGACUGAAGUUAAAUUGCAUGCAACACCUGCAACGAUUUGUCAACUAAUCGAUAGGUCAAAAAUAAAUCUAUGAUUGAUUGAUUGUUAAUAAAGAUAAUCAUUAGUUGCAGCCCUAAUAGCAAAUAUAUCUGCUCUGUAAAUCUCUUGUCCUGUUUGAGAAAAAAUUAUAAACUCAAAGGGAGAAUAUUUCCUUCGUUUCAUGAUAGCACAUUCUUUGCAUUAAUUUGUCUCUGUAGAUGGAGACCCUGUUCCCAUAUGGCCAAUCAAAGUGCUUCAUUUUAAAUUGCAUUUGCAUUAACUACACAACACAAAAAGCUACAGACUCAGAACAACAACAACCAACAUAAGAUUUCAUGUUAAAGUCUCCUCCUUAUCCUUACAAACGUGAACAUGUCUUGUCCUACACCUUAGCUUGCUGAACGAGCGACCAAACAAACAUUUACAGGAGAAAAGUGCACUGCUAAUGUCAGUUUGCGGCUAGAUAAUUAUCUGCAGCACAUUAAACAGUAUUUAAACAUACUUGCAAAUGUCCACUCGGCCCACUUAGAUGUAGGUGUGUUCUUUACUCUCUACUAUCACUAACAACACGCUGUCUGCACUUGACAUGUAGGCUACAAUGUAAGUCUGUUUACUUUGUCUCUGGUUCAGUCUAUUAGAUGCUGCCAGUCACCUAGCUGCUAGGAGGAAAAGGAUCAUUUCUGAAAUUCCCUUAAAGACACCCCCCCCCCCCUCCUCUUAUUAAAAAAGCUAAAAACUAAAUGUGAUUUUAGUUGGACUUCAAAGUAACAGUGAGAAAGUAAUUACUGGUAAUAUCCCAAUAAACAACAGUGGUAUCGUGUCUAGUUACAAUAAUUUACUAAUAAUCAGACCAGGCGCAGUGGUUGUAAAUCCCUUGUUAAUACGCAACAACGUUAGCAACAUAACAGAGGGUUGUUUCUGCAGAUGCAUUUACAUAUUUUGAAUUAACAAGGAAAAAAACAUCUCCAGUGAACACUCUCCUGUUCGACAGUGAAGGGAAUCUAAAUCCUGGUCAUAAACACCUUCCUGCUUGACACUGAAUCUUUACUGUAUUUCAUUUUGUAAUGGAGUAAAUUUAAAUCAAAUUGAAUCAAACAAACGUUUUAAAUACUGGACUGAUAUUGUACUUACUGGCAUUCCUUUUUAAUUGUAGUUUUGUAUGAAACAAGGACAUUAUAAAGUCAUCACCACACUCUAAAAUGUUAGUCAUUUCAUCUGUUAUUUGUAUCACUGAAGUGGCAUUAUUAUGUAGAUUACGUGACAAUCCUUCCAUAGCCUUCACAUUAUACUUGACAUGCCUGAAUGAAAUCAAACAAACUGAAGCAGAAAACUAAAGCCACCCUAGUAUUGAUGUCACUUUAGCAGAUUAAUCAGCCACAGUAUGAGCAGUUUAUUUCCCAGCUGCCAAAAAUGACCACUAUGUCCACAAUGAACAAGAAGAACAGUUAAACAUUCCUGUGCAAGCUUUUGUUUUUUCCUCUGCAGUGUAUGUAUGGAAAAUGUAAUGUUUGUUUUGUUUUUGAAUGGUAAUAGUGUACUGAGUUUGGUUCCAAUUUUACUUGAAUUGAUUGAUUACUUCUGUAAUCUAAAUUUGUUUGAUACAAUAAAAUGUUUAAAUUGGU